AUGGAUAAGAUAGCUACCUGUUAUGAUGCUAAAUCACAUUUUGAACUUCCUGGUUUAGGACUGCUGAUUGCUGUUGGAGCAGAAGAAAAUACUCAUUACGAGAGAGAAUGCCCAUGCACACCUUCAAAGCUAUGGCUUGAUGUCGUGUUUGCAAUUGACAAUUCCCUUGGCAUGACCAUGGAGGGAAUGGUACAGGCUGAGGAACUCUUCGCUGAGGGUCGACCGGCAGGAGUGAGGGAGAAUGUCAAGCAGGCCAUCAUCAUCUACGCUAAUGUCUACAAGCUCUACUUUGGAGACGCUAAACAGCUAGCGGACCAGAUCAAGAUUAGUGGAAAAGACAUUAUCGUUGUCGCCUUCGACCAGGGAGGCAGACCAGUGCUCUUCUGGAACUUCGCAAGGAAGCAAUGGUUGCAGUAUUCUCUCGACUCUGUAAAAUAUGGAUCGUGCUUGAAAAUUGGUGGAAUUGAUUCGAACUGAAACCUUGCAAAGAAAUCGUGCAUUAGAGUCGGCCAUGAAUCGGGUCAUCUUGCCUCUGUUCUUGACCAUGCAAAGCAUAGCAUACCUUCAUUGCAUCAAUGUUCAGAAACGACUACAGGAUGGAACCACCUUACAAUUACCAUAUUGGUCUCUCUUACGACAAAACG